AUGAACUACGAGGACGAUGCUCGGUGGGCGAACCCACCGCAGCCUGUCGCUUCCGACGCGCCACCGCCGCCGAUGUUCGACCACGCGAUGACCAGCGAGGAGUAUGAGAAUGAGAGGAAGAAGAACCCGAAGCCGACGAAGGGCAUCUCGUUCACACAGGCGCUGUUGGCGUCGGGUGUCGAGAAGUCGGACGGCAAAAUCAAAUUGACAGCCAGCUCAUUGAUGGAGGUCGGAACUUAUGCGGUUUUCCUCAUCGUUCUCGUUUAUGUGGCGUUCGCCCAGAACAACAUCCAAUCCUACUACUACAACAAAGUGAUGAACGAUUUGUUCGUUUCAAGAAGUCCGACGGUUGGAACGUUGACAUUCAAGACAUGCACCACUAUGGACGAUAUCUGGACGUGGCUCUCUCAAAUAUUGAUCACCGGAAUUUACUGGAGCGAAACGGACAAUUCGACCGACACCGACAUGAUCUACUAUGAGAACAAAUUGCUCGGCGAGCCGAGAAUCCGAAUGCUCAAGGUCCGAAACGAUUCGUGUACGGUGAUGAAAAGCUUUCAACGAGAAAUCAAAGAGUGCUUCGCGAACUACAAGGAGGAUUUGGAAGACCGUCAGCCAUUCGGCAACCAAACCGGCGCCUAUGUGUAUCAGACGGCGAAGGAAUUGGAGAACCACGCAACGUCGGGCAGCAUUGCCACCUACGGCGGCGGCGGAUUCGUGCAGAAGCUGCCGCUGACCGAAUCCACUGAAGCGCAAUCAAGUCUCGAGCAGCUCAAGUCGAAUCGCUGGAUUGAUCGUGGAACUCGAGCAAUCAUUGUCGACUUUGCUCUCUAUAAUGCAAAUAUCAAUCAAUUCUGUGUUGUCAAGCUACUAUUCGAGCUGCCAGCCUCCGGCGGAGUCAUCGCAUCGCCGAUAUUGAUGACGUACAAUUUGAUGAGAUAUCAGGAAAAAUCUGGAACCGUCAUGAUCGUCUUCGAAGGCAUUUUCAGCGGAUUCAUACUAUUUUUCAUAUUGGAAGAAUUAUUUGCAUUCGCUCGUCAACGCCUCUAUUAUUUCUUCUCAUUCUGGAAUCUCAUCGAUGUUUUACUUCUUGGGUUCAGCGUCGCCGCAAUGAUCCUUUCAAUUCGUCGAACCUCGAUUGCCACCGAUCGAGUCAAUAAAGUGAUUGAAGGAGGCCUUCUGAAUGCCGCAUUCGACGACGUCACCGCUGCCGAGAACAUCUAUCUCAACAUGAAAGCGCUCGUCGUUUUCAUCGCCUGGGUCAAAGUGUUCAAGUUCAUUUCGGUCAACAAGACCAUGUCGCAGUUGUCGUCGACGCUCACCAGAUCCGCCAAGGAUAUCGGCGGAUUCGCCGUCAUGUUCGCCGUGUUCUUCUUCGCGUUCGCCCAAUUCGGAUACCUCGUGUUCGGAACCCAAAUCUCCGAUUAUUCCAAUUUGUACAAUGCCGCUUUCGCGCUGCUUCGCCUCAUUCUCGGAGAUUUCAAUUUCGCAGCUCUCGAGAAUUGCAACCGCUUCUUCGGACCCGCGUUUUUCAUCGCCUACGUCUUCUUCGUCUUCUUCAUUCUUCUGAAUAUGUUCUUGGCCAUCAUCAACGAUUCGUACGUUGAAGUCAAGGCGGAAUUGGCGCGAAAAAAAGAUGGCGAAGGAAUUUUGGAUUGGUUUUUGAAUAAAAUUCGAGGAUUCGGAAAAAAAGGAAAGAAGCCCGAGAAACCGGAAGACAAUCUGACAUACGAAGAGUAUAAAAUGAUACUUUAUAGAUCUGGCUACGCUGAAAAGGAUAUCAAUGAAGCUUAUACUAGAUUCAAUGUGACUUCAAUGCAGGACCAUGUUCCACCAAAGAUUGUCGAGGAUAUUGCUGAUGAGGUGGCUAAAACCGCCGAGCAAAGGCGAACUUAUAUGGAGAACCAUCGGGACUAUGUCAUUUUGAAUCGUCGCGUCGAUCAAAUGCAAGAAUCCGUGUUGAAUAUUGUGGAUCGAAUCGAGCAAAUCAGCGGCACUCUGAUGCAAAUCGAGCAGCAGCGAAUGAAGGCCAAAGACGAGCAAAACGUGAAUGAGAUAAAUAAUCUAUUCUACAACGAUCUCCGCCAUCGCAAUGUGACGCACGGCGCGUCGCAUUCAAAUGACAGUCACGAUCUCGCCGAUUGA